UGCUUCCCUCCCUUUAUUUAAUGGAAGCUCAGCCUCCUCUUCCCCAUUUCCAUUCCCCCGUUCCUGUUGAAAUGGGAGCAUUUCUCAGGCUGAUCGCCGCCGUGCUCGCGGCGGCGCUGGUGGCUGAAGCAGCUGCAGUCGAGACGCACCACGUCGUCGGCGGUUGGGGUCCCGAUUUGGACGUCGGUGCUUGGCUUUCCGGUCGGAUUUUCAGAGUCGGCGACAAACUCUGGUUUGGACAUUCGAGUGGAGACGAAAUCGUCGUGGAGGUUAACAGCGCGGAGGAAUUCGAAAAGUGCGAUACGGCGAACCCUAUCAGGAUGUACACCGACGACCACGUGUCCCUCGAGAAGGAAGGCCUCAGGUUCUUCACCAGCGCCGACGCCGACCGUUGCAGAAACGGCCUGAAGCUGCCGGUGACGGUAUCCCGCCGCGAUGAAUUUGAGCCGCCGUACGAGCCGUCUGAUGUUCCUCCGCCGCACCAUCCAUUUGAUCCUCCUGAGCCAUUUCACCCUCCCCCCCAAUCGCCGCCGCCGUACGAGCCGUCUGAUGUUCCUCCGCCGCACCAUCCAUUUGAUCCUCCUGAGCCAUUUCACCCUCCUCCCCAAUCGCCGCCGCCGGAGCCUGUUCACCCUACUCACAAGUCGCCGCCGCCGCCGCCGCCGCAUGAACCACCGAAGCCUGUUCACCCUCCGCCACCGCCAUAUGAACCGCCCAAGCCUGUCCACCCUCCUCCACCGCCACCGCCAUAUGAACCGCCCAAGCCUGUUCACCCUCCUCCACCGCCACCGCCACCGCCGCAACCCUCCUCGGCAAAUAUGAACCUGCCAUUUCUGGUGAUUUUAACGUUUUACCUCUGCUUUGUUUUUGCUGUGUAGACAUGGGGAGGAGGAGAUGCCACAGUCGUUGUUUUAAGGUUUAGUAACAGCAGAUGAUGUGGGUCUGAGAUCAAAUUUGUUUUUCCUGUUUGAUUUCUACACCGUCUGAUUUCAAUAAAAUUUCUAUGCUAAUGAAAACCCUGUGAUCAUCGUCAUCAUCACCCAUAAACUUUGGUUUCAAUC